AUGCCUCCCGUAAUUAUAUUUAGAAUAUUUCGAUUUGUUCGUGGUUUAUUUUCAUCAUUAUAUUUAAUUUUAACCAUUUUAACAAUUCCGUUAGCUUUUGAUGUUGGUGGUGUUAACUGUGGUUUAGCUUUUAGUUUAACUACUUUAUUUAUAUAUUUUAUAUUAACUACAAUUCGAAUUUUAUUUAGAAGAACAAAAUAUUUCAAAUGGGUUUCAUUAAUUUAUUACUGUCAACAUUUUUUUAUACCCAGUUUAUUAACUUAUUUUUUAAGUUUAAGUCAAAAUAAUUUUAAUGGAGGGUUUUUAAUUAAUGGUUGGAACUUUAUUUUGAUUAAUUCUACUCCAUUCUUCACAAUUUUAGAAGGUUUUUGUUCAUUAUUAUUAAUUCAAGCAAUUGGACAAACUAUAAGUUGGCUUACAAUUUAUAAAAGUGAUUCAUGGUUAAUUAUAUCAUUAAUUGGAAGUGGUUCGGUUAUUACUGGUGCUUUUUAUUUUUUAUAUAGGAUUUAUGUAUUUCCAUUUACGAUUGAAAUGAUUGAUGCUUCAUUAUUAGGUAGUUUAUUAACUAUGACUAUUGGGUUAAGUUUGUUUGGAAUUAUAAGUGGUAAAGGUUCAAUAAUUGAAUCAAGUUUAUUAUUUGCUUAUAUUGUAAGAUGUAUUUAUGAAACAUUUCCAAUAUUAUCAGAAGGUGCUUCACAAUCAUUAGCAAAUUUAUUAACUUUAACUACAAUAAAUUUGAAAAAAGAUUUACCAAAAAUUCCUCCAUCUAUUUUAAAUCCAAUUAGUGAAGUUGUUCCAUUUUUAACUUUAAAUUUACCUCAAAGUUUUAAAGGAAUAUGGGAAUUUUUAAUUAUGUCCAUAAAGAAUUUAACAUUGCCAUUAAUUUUAAAUUUAGCUUAUAGAAUUGGAGUCUUUUAUGCAGCUACAAAAAUUAUACCAUCAUUAUAUCAAUCAUCAAGUACUACAUCAUAUACAAGUUCACCGCCUAAAACUCCACAAUUAAGAUCGAGACAAUCAUCAAGUACAUCUUUAAAGACAACUAAACAACAAACAUCAACUACAUCAUUAAAUAAAAUAAAUGAUGAUAAGACAAAUUUAUCUCAAGAUCAUCAUCAUCAACCCAAAGAAUCUCAAAUUAUAUCAUCACAUCCAAAUUUGAAUAAAUUUAGAUUGAAACCACCACAUCAUCAACCACCUUCAGCUAUUAUACGGCUAAUUUAUGCAUAUUCACCAUGUUUAAUAAUUGCAGUAUAUACUCAUUUAAUGUUGAGUUAUAUUGGUGAAUUAGGAACUGAGUUGAAAAUAUGGCCAUUAAUUAAUUCAAACGGUAAUAAUAAUGGUGUUGAAAUAAUUGUUCAUCCUUGGAAAUUUUGGAAUUGGAUUAAUAUGGUUACCACUUUAGUAUUAUAUGCUGCUGAAUUACUGGGUAAUGAAUCUUCAAGUAAUGGUGGUAAUAGUUUAACAAGUCAUUGGAAAAUUGAGAAUUGA